CUCGAUGUCGUCGAUCCAGAAGUGAGCACGCUGGGCUAUCUGAGCAACAUCCAGAAUUCGAUUUUCGUACCGCACAUUCCUUCCCUCUAUUCUCGACGAUCCACACACGACUUGCCAGAUCCGCGAGCUGGCUAUCGUCGUGGCUCUCGCGCAGGUCUUGCGGUCGAAGCGCAGAGCACCGAUUCACGGACAAGGGCAGGAUCACUGAGAUCGCGCCUCUCUGGCGAUUCGCGGCGAGGUUCGUUGGCCGCUUCGCAGACGGGACUUUCGGGCGCCAUGGACGAGGAGGAAAGGAGCGCUCUGGACGAGCAUGUGCGAGAUCUUUUGACCAGGCGUGCAAAGUUUCGGAGAGGCUUGAGAGGCUUUUGGGCUUUUGUCAAGACUCCCAUCGGCUUCAUUAUGACGCUAUACGGCUUCCUCGUCACGUUCUGGGGAUGCGCUAUCGUGCUGUUCAUCCUCGGAUGGAUCAAUGUUGGUUCAAGAAGACGCUACUGGAUCGAAAUUUGCGACCAGAUCCUUUGCGCCUUGUUCGCGGCGGUAGGACUCGGCUUUGCGCCCUUUAGAGCCGUCGAUACGUAUCGCAUGAUUCACAUCGCGCACUAUCACCAUCUUACUUGGAGGAGACGUCGAGAAAUGUUCUUGCCACAACUGGUCGAUCCCAACGAUCUCCCUAGACCCGCACAGGACGGUCGCAACCUGGCCAUCAUCCCGGAGGAUUUGCCCUCUCCAAGAAAUGUGGUGGUGCUCACCCCCGAGGAGCAGAAGAUCUUGGAACAUCACCAGCGCGCUUUCCACGCGAGCCAUACUUUCUAUCGUUUCCACGAGACAUCUACCCACCGAGCAUUCCCGCUUGACUUGAUGAUCGUCAUCGUCUGCUUGCUGGACUGCCAUUCGAUGCUGCAAGCUGCUUUGGGAGGGAUCACUUGGGGCAUCAAGUAUACACACAGACCCACAGUCUUGACGGCGACGAUCAUCAGUUGCAGUCUCUCGUGCAAUGCAGUUGCCGGCAUCAUCAUCUGGCUUGGUGGACGUCGGACGAAGAAGAAGGAGGAGGUGGAGCGCAGGCUGCGCAUCGCACUAGAGAAGGAAGCCUACUCCGUGAUGACGUCCAAAGGAGCUGCCGGUGCAGAAGAAGCUGCCAAAGAUAUAGCUGCAGCCCACUCUUCAUCUGGCGAUGCUCGUCUUGCUGCACCAGCAAAGAAGCACAAGCACGAGCACGAUCUGGAGGAAAAGUUAGAUAGCUUCGAGAUGAAGGCUACGGGUUCCAGCCAAUCUGCUUUACUCGACCACGAUCACCAGGGGCCUCCAGUAUCUCCGACGGGGAACAAACAGCUCCCUUCCACCUCCCCCUCCUCUCGUGAUCAAGCAAACGACUCAACUCAAAGCACUCGACUGAAGCAGACACCCGAACCAGCAGCCGGUGAGGUCAAUCAACCCUUGAUCGAGGCCGCAGUAUCUUUACCACAGGCAUUCCUGUGA